UUUUGUUAUCAAGGUGUCGGCAGGAUGGUCUUUACCUGCGUUGCUCGAGUACACGAGAAUAAAGGUCACGAUUGGGCGGAGCUCUCGGUGUUCAUGCCAAAAUCCGCCCGGCUUGGCAUUCUCGUCACUCGGACAAACAAGAUCGCGAAUUGUUGGUCAUCAGAUUCAUAGCAAUAUUCCCCUAUUUCCUCAGGUACCAAGAAUGACGCGAACAAUGGCGACAGCAUCAAGAGUACACCUUUCGCUUGGCGAAUGGCCCGACUACUACAUUAAGAAUAUUCAACAGGAGUCUGCGACUAGAGCUUCAGAUCUUUUACAGGAGAACCAUGAGAAGCAUGAUAUCUUUUUCAACAACGGUGGUUUCCAUAACCACAUCGCCCAUCAUCUACUGACCAUAUACUCUCUAAACGCGACCCCUUCACAGAUCCAGAAGCACUAUGACGACAAUGUGAGCUACCAGCGACCACCUCAGCCUGUUGAAGCGGCCUUAGUCGAGGGCAUGGAGGACCCCUCGCUCUUCAAGAAAUAUCUAGGGAAAGAACGCUACUACAACGACUACCUUCGCUAUUUUCAAGCUGAAAUAAGUAAGAAAGGAUGGCAACAAGUCCUGAACGAAUACGUGUUUGCUGGUGACGAACGAGCGGACGAUAUGUUGGCUCGCAUGUAUGCCGGCUUUCUCCAUCCGAUCAUCCACUUGGGCUUCGGAAUUGAAUUUCACCAACCCGCAAUUAUCGCAGAAGGCCUCGCUCAAGCCGCAGUGCACGGAGCAUGGAUGAAGCCUCUGUUUGAAGGCGCGGAAACUCUUUCCAAAACACUGCGUGGACCUCCAAAGGGUAUUGUCGAUCUUCUUGACCAAACACACGCGGAGAAGCGGCUAGCCAAGGCAGCAGAUGUCGAUGGCAACCGAAUUCGUGAUGGUAUAAUGAAAACAGAGAUGAAGAGAAUGGUUGGGAUCAUUGCUCAAUAUCGCAUUAGCAGCCCCAAAGAACUUGAUGAGCGCACGGCAGAAAUGACAAAUGCAGCCGCGUACUUUAGCGGUGCCGCUCAACGCCGCGACAAAGCCAUCAAGUUUGACUUCUUCUAUAUGCACUGCAUCAACGCUUCCAUCUUCUUCUCGACGUUUCUCAAACAAGACUGGCUGAGCGAUGUCAACAAAGUCCGCCUUCUGCAGUGGAAGGCCCGCCAUGACAUUGUCUUGUAUGCCUCACGCGGGUGUCCUGAUCUCCUCCUGGAUGAGAUUGCAAAUUACAAACCUAGCAAACCGACGUCUGGAGCAAUCGACCCUUGGUACGACAUCAUUGAGCGCGUCAAGAACUUCUCGGAUGACGGACAUGGUUCGAAACUGGUCAGGGCGUUGGCACAUGGACAACAAAUCUGAUCAGAGCCGAUAUGGGUUCGUUCGGCUGGCUUCGAUAGUGCGUGGGAGAGUAUACCAGACAGACCACGUGCACAACUUUAGGGCGCAUAAUGAACAGGGCGAACUUUCGUGCUCUCAAGACCGCUUGUUUCAAAGGACAGUUUCGAGCGUGUAUUUGGUGCCGAGACGAUUAAAUUGUGCUUGCUGAUCGUUUUUGGAAGG